GAGGCUAUAGCCGGCCCGACGUCGCUUCGUGCGCCUCAGUCGUUCGUGGACCUCGAAGGACGAUAGAGGUCGAAGAGGUCUCGCUUCCUCCUCUCCUGGCCUCGCCGACUCCUUCUCGCACGCUCUUCCUCGAGCCACCUUCUCGCGGUGUCUUCCUCUUCCUCUUCUUCUUCUUUUUCUUCUCCUCUUCCGUUUUCUCCUUCGCUCUGCUCCACUCUCGUACGACCUCGGUGACGAGGGGGCCUCGACAAUAAAAUAAUCACCCGUUGGAGAACCAGGGAUUCCUGCGCGAGGAUAUCCUUUCGUGAAGUCGCCGCAUCGGUAACAUCGUGAUUGCCAGAAGAUAUUAGCGGAAGAAUGCGACGUCAACUUUCGCUCGUCCUCGGGAUCGUUCUGCUGGGCUGUCUUCAAGAUUACGCAUCCGGUGCGUGUCCCAGGGUAUGUCCGCCGAGCGGCGAACCCGUUUGCGGCAGCGACGGUAUCAUAUACGCGUCGCAGUGUGAAAUGCGGAAGAAGAUGUGCGGAAAAGGCGUAACCGUGGUCACGGACAAGACGGCUUGCCUGAGGUCAUCCGGUAGCAAGUGCGAGCACCGCUGCCCAGGCGAUCAGGAUCCGGUGUGCGGCACCGAUGGGCGUACCUACCUCAACAAGUGCAUGCUCAGGGUGGAGAUCUGCCGGGUUGGGAUCGAGCUGUCUCACCUCGGGCCGUGUAACAAUAUUUCGGCCCACAGGGAGAACUGCCCGGUCUCGUGCGACUACGCGCCUCUCGACGGACCGGUUUGCGGAAGCGACGGAAACGUCUACAAGUCCACGUGUCAAAUGAAGCUGCUCACUUGCGGCCAAGGCGUCGUGCGUACGAAUAAGAAGCACUGCCAGACCACAAGACAUUGUCGUGAAUCGUGCUGGCGUGGUGCCAAGCCUGCCUGCGGUAGCGACGGUAUUUUGUACUCGAACACCUGCAAAAUGCGGGCGAAGAACUGCGGGAAACACGUCUUCGAAGUUCCAAUGUCAUUCUGCAUAUCUCGGGAACGAACGUCCGGAAGCAACGCGUGUCCCUUGGAUUGCAAAAACGAGGCGGAGGUAUCGGUCUGCGGAUCGGAUGGGAACAUAUACAGGAACGAAUGCGAGAUGCAAAUGCUAAACUGCGGGCAUGCAAGAAGGAAGAUAACGGUAGUUGACUUCGAGAAGUGUCGGGCUCGGCUAACGAAAUGCAUGAAGCAACAGCUGAGAUGCGGAAGCGAGGUGGAUCCGGUUUGCGGUAGCGAUGCGAAUACCUAUCCAAAUCAGUGCCAUUUGAACGUAGCGGUUUGUUUAAAGGGUAUCCAAUUGGCUCACGUUGGGGAGUGCACGACCUUGAAGGAGACCGAACAGUGCCCCGAAGAUUGCGCCCAAGUACCCGAGGAACCAGUUUGUGGAAGCGAUGGCAACGUUUAUCGGUCCCUUUGCCAUCUGCGGCGGGAGACUUGCGGCCAGAGGGUGGUUCAAGUUCCGGCGCAACAUUGUCGCACCACCGCGCUCUGCAACCAGAUCUGCAGCGGGGAACGUCAGUUUGUUUGCGGCUCCGAUAAUAAGCUCUAUCGCAACGAGUGCGAGAUGAAGAGGGACAAUUGCGGGAAACACGUGUACGUGGUACCUAUGAAGAGAUGCGUCCAAGGCUUCCUGUUUCGCGGCUGUCAAAAGAUCUGUCCGCCUUAUUACGAUCCCGUAUGCGGCACCGAUGGCAUGACGUAUAGCAACGAGUGCUUCCUGGAGAUCGAGAAUUGCCGUAGCAGGAGUCUCGUCACGAAAAAGUAUCACGGAGUGUGCGGCCAGCCGACGGAGGAGCCGAAAAAUUAUCUCUAUUAAAACAGAUGGGGCUAGCACGAUGCGAGAGAGAGAGAAAAAAAAAAAGAGAGAAAAAGCGAGGAAAAAAAUCACUCGACGAGAUAAUUUCGCUCGUAUUUUUUCCGAAUUCGGAAGCGACAAAUGCUGUACAUGUUCAUUUAUCAUGUGUCGUCUCCAAGUAUUUAAUAAUCGUUCGACAAAUUCCGAUCGAUCGAGAUCUGUAUCGAUCAUUCGAAACUCUAGACGCGCGACGCGAUAGAGAAAUAAUUUACGUGAGCUCGGGUGACAGCCGAUCCGAAACGCUAAAUUUCUAUGGCGGAAAAUGCGUUUGAGGGAAAACGAGCAUCUUGCCAGUCCGGAUUGUUGUCGUAUUGUUACUGCUGUUUCUAUGAUAAUUAAUAUUCAUCGCGAUUGCCGAUUCUCUCCCCUUCUCGGAAAUAAUUCACGCGGGCAAAAUGCUUCGCAAAUCGCGCUAUUGUAUCCCGGGUAGAACAUGAAACUCAUAAUGACAUCAUUAUGACGUACUAAAAGUUACCUAAAAAUCACCUAAAAGUCAUUUUAGAAAAAUCAUGAUAUCAUAAUGAUCUCGUUUGAUAUACUUUGGACAAUGUUUUGGUGACUUAUUUUUGAUAUUAAACAAUUCUAGCGAACUCUGUUGAAGAAUAUAUAUACUUCGUGUAUGAAAUCUUAAGAAUCAAUCAUAAUAAUAUCAUUUUUUAUAUAUAUA